UUACACAGCAUAAUAAAUAUGCCCCUUGAUGUCAAUAAGGAAAGCAACAUCACCGUGCAAUGCAUUGUGUGUUAUUUGGUUCCUUUAUGCUGUCUGUAAGCUGUGGUGAAGUUGUUAGUUUGUAACAUCAGUAUCCCUCCUCCCCUGCCAGGAUUUCAAAUGAUGCAGAAAGCAAGGAACUGUUUUCCAGCUGUUGUUUAUUCCAGCAGGUGUUCAUUUAUACUGUUUGAAGGAACUACAGUGAUAGCUAUAUUAGGGAUUUUGUGUUAUAUGGGGCUCUUAAUUUUGGUUCAGGAGUUCCCCUUUGAGAUAACCUAGGAUACUAUUUUUAUUUGUCUAAGAAGUCAUCCAAUGCACUUCUAAAAAGCAUGAGAUGGGGAGUGGGAUUUUUCUCCUGUCCCCUUAUAUGGGUUUCAGUUUUUUUUAUUGUGUUUAGUAUUUUCUUUCUGCAAAGAAAUAUAUAUAAGAAAACAAACUCUUAAGCAAAUACAGUAUGUCAGUUUACAAAUAUGUCAGUUGUUUUCUCUACUUCUUUCAAUAGCCCUGCCAGACUGCCUGUAAUAAAGGCAAUAGCAGUGUGAGCUAUUACUGCUGAAUGAAUACGACAAGGUAAUUUUCUCAAGAUUUAGAAACCCACAGAGGCUUCUGACUGGAUACAAAUGCUUGCACGUCUAUACAGCACUGUAAAGGUUACAUUGUUGCCUGUGGCUACUGCAGCUCCAAGGAAACACAAGCAUAUCAAUGACAGUGCGUAGCACAGUGCUGGGAUUCCUCCUGUUCAUUGGAUAGAUCACAAUGAAGAGUAGAAUGAAGGUUUCUUUUCAAUACUAUUGGCUGGUAAGUCCCAUAGCCCGCCUUCAGCAUGCAUCUUUAUGUGGCUGACCCUAGCAACGGGGCUGUCACCAGUGCUGCACUAGGCAGAGAUAUAAAGGCUUGGAUCCCGGUAAUAACACAUUUGCCUGAUGAUUAGCAAUACUGAACUAUAUAUAGCAGGUGGAGAGGCAAGCUAGAUUCUGCUGUUUUCCCUGUGCAAGCUGUAUGUUGUCUUAACAGAUACCACUCUGCAGGUCUGACGAGCCAACCUGCAAAGAUGAGCCACCCAUAUGUCGGACCUUUGUCCGCAUACAACAGUCUCACUGACAAACACCUGACAGGAUAUUUCAACAAUACAAGAAUAAGAAGACACCUUCAAAGAGCUGGGCUGGUUACAAGAAGCGGAAGAAUAUUAACUGAAAAAGAAUUCAAAAUAAAUUCUAUGAGACGUGACCAUCAGAAAUAUAUCAGACAAUGCCUUGCCCAAGCCAUAUUUCAGAAGGUCCUUGAUAUGGAGCGCAACCACCAAAUUGAAAUAAAAAGGAAAUUGGAAACUUUUGCAAGAAGAGAACGAAUCCAAAGAAUCAAGGCUGACCAUUCAAAGACAGUUGAAGAAGAAACAUUUGCUUUAUUUUCCCCUCGACCACCAACAGGACCUAAAAGUGGAGUGACUCGCCAGAUGAUAACACAAAAGGAACUUUCAGACUCAUCAGAUUCAGUUUCAUCUCCCAGACCGAACACAGCACCAGGAAAUAUGCAACGUCCAGUUCGACUACAACCUAUUCAGGGAUAUUGUCCAUCUAGGACUGCACCAAAGACAUCAUCAGGAUUAAGACAAAAAGAGUCAGCUGAUGAGCAAGAACAACAGUUCCCUAGAGGGGUUGACAGAGAUCUAAUGAAAUUAAUGAAUGCAAUGGACCAUUCUACAGGAGUAUCACCCUAUCGGCUUCCCAUAAUUAACAACUUUGUGAUACCUGCUCCCCCUCCUCAAAGAAAAUAUCCCAAGCAGCUCAAACAAACUGUUAGCACAUCUUCCAGGGGAAGGCGCUUUCGCCCAACCACUGCACCCAAUGGGCUUGAACUGACCUCUAAGGACUCUGGGAAGUUUCAUAAAACGAUCUUGCACAGCAAUGUAGCAGUCACCAUGGUUUACCUCGGAAAAAAUGUUCACUUGUCACAUGAUGAUAAUGACUUCCGAGAUGAAAUAAAAGUAUUUCAGCAACACUGUGGAGGCGAAAACCUCUGUGUUUUCAAAGGCAGACUUCAGGAAGGAGAAACUUUCAACUUAAUAUCCAGACGGCAUCGUGGGUUCCCUUUCAGCCUCACCUUUUAUAUCAAUGGUAUGCAGGUAGACAGAUUGAGUUCUUGCUGUGAAUAUAAACAUCGCAAAGGUGCACGGCUGGGAGGAAAAAAUGGCUAUUUUGGCUUUGUUAAUAUUGAAGGCGCAUCACCUUGCUACAGGUGCAUUAUUGCAAUGGGCCUUGAUAAGAAGCCUUCCCCUCCACCAAAGAAAGCAAAGGAUGAGGAUUAUGAUAGCAAUGAGGAGAAAGAGAAUGUGAGAGAAUGUGAGAGUAUAAUGGAUAAAGAAACCAUUGAUGAUAUGGAAAGAGAUGAGGAAUGUGAGGAAGAUGAUAAUACAAGAGAAAAAGAAAUAGAAGACACAUCCUCUGUUUAUGAUAAAACAGACAUGGAGGAUGAAGAGGAACAAGAUAAAGAAUAUGAGGGUGGAAAGAAGGAGGAUCAGAAUGAUGAGUAUGAAGCAGAUGAUGAAGCAAAAGAUGAGUACGAUGAGGAUUUUGAAGUGGAAGAAGAGAAGCCAGAUGAGAAAACUAAUGAAGAAGGACAGGUUGAUGAUCAAGUGAAUGGAAAGUCAAAGUCACCCUCAGAUGAUGAAAAAGAUGAUUUAGACCAUGAAGGGGAAAGUAACAAGCCAUCAAAGGAGGCAACGGAGACUUCAGACAGUGAGAAAGAUGAAAGAGAUGGGCAUUCUGACAGUGAAUAUGAGGAGGAUAAACAAGGAAAACAUAGCAUAACUGACAAGGAAAUGAACAUUGCUGCAAGGAAAAUCCAGUUAUUUUAUAGAGAACACAGAACUCAUCUGCAGAACAUUCAGAAAAUGAAAACAGAGAGGAAACACAGCACAGGAUCCGUUUCAUCCCACAGUACAAUAUAUACUAGCUCCAGUGAAGAUGGGUCAGGUGAUGAAGAAGGAGAAGCUAAGACAUCUAGCUCAGAGCAUCCAAAAAAACGUAAUAAAAAAACUCUACAGAAUUCAGAAAAUAUCCAAGAUUCAGUUACUCAUCUGGGGGAGGACACUCAUUCAGAAGAACAAGCAAAUGAAGAACCUAAAUUAGAGGAGACAGGUGAAACUGAAGACAUAGAAACCUGUCCAAGCAGCAAGGAAGACAACCCCCUACCCGAAGACACUGUGGCAGAACCACAGCCACAUCCUUCUGAAGAUGACAAUGAGCGCUGUGUGAGUCCUUCAGAAAAUGGUUGUGAGCAAGAGGUUGAGUAUGAAGCCACAGUGCAUAUGGAUGAGAGUUCUAGUAAAACCCAAGAUAAUUUAAUUAAUGAUAAUACACAUUCUGAGACUGAAGAGGAAGGUGAUGGUCGAUCAGUUCAGGAGAAAAUAGCAGAGGCAAUCGACCAUGAGGAACAUUUCAAUUCAGAACCAGAGCCAAGUGAUUCUAGUACAGAUGAGGAAGACAACUUUAAGAAUGCAUUUCAUGGAAGCAAAUCAUCACUUGAACAGACUUCACUAAAUGAAACAGAGGAGCUUAUUGAGCAAAAUAAUACAGAAAGAAGCACAAGCAGAGCAGAUUCCAUGACAUUAGAAGCUGCAUCAGAAUCAGUUAAUUUGCAGACAGUAAAUGAAGAGUCUCUGACUAGAUCUGCAACAUUUAAUGAUUUAGAGAAUGGAUCACAGAAUAUUGAUGAACAUAUACAAGAUGAGGAAGCAACAGCAGGUGAAGAAUUAAAACAGGCAGAAGAUGCAGUGGAAGAGUCAAAACAACCAGAUGAGUUGAUAGAUAAUGGAGAAAGCACUAAUGAUACAAUAUCUGUAGAAGUAGCCACAGAUUGUGAGAAAAAAGAACUUGAAUCAUUACAUGAAGAAUUAACAAAUAAUGAAAAUGAUAUUGAAGCUCAGUUAGAAACACCAGAGAUAGAGGGAGAUAUAGAAAUCCAAAAUAACAGUGAUGUCUGUGCCCCCGAUGCAGGAGAAAUAAAGGAAGAAAAACUUGAUGAUCAAAAUGCAGAAGAACAAAACAUUCCUCUGGAGGAAUCUGGAGAUGCAACGGGAAAUGAAGUCAAAGAUGAAGAAGCUGUGGAAAAUGGUGACAUAACCAUAAAUGAAGACCAUGAUUUAUCAGCUGAAACAUCUACUACAUUAAACAUGGAAAAUGAGGAUGCAGGGUUCAGUAAUGAUACCAAAGGGGAAGAGGAGGAAGAUCAUAUUGAGGAACAUGAAAGAACUGGUACUUUAACAACUGAGGAGGAAAAUAUUGCAGUUACAUCUGAUUCAGUUGAUGAGGUAGAAGAGACAGAAAAUCAACUAGUCCAAGAAGAAGAACAACAUGCUUCUGAGAAUGAAAUUGCAGAAGAUAGUGCUAAAAAUGAUGAUUUAUCAGAAGGAAAUGUAGACAAGGAACAAACAGAAGAUGGCAUACAGGCAAUAGAUGACACUGCAAUUGAGCUUUCUGACAAUAAUGAAAAUGUUACUAAAGAGGAACAAAAUGAAAAUAAUGAUAAUGAGUAUGCAGACACCAGUCAUGAUGAAGUAGUUGCAUGUACGAAUACAGAAAAUUUAACAAGUUCUGUCACUGAAGAAGGAGAGGCAGUAGUAUUGCUAGAACCUUCAGAUAGUGUGAAAACAGAAAAUGAAGUUCAUUCUGAGUUUACAGGUGCUGAGAAUGCUUCUAGAGCCGUAAGUCCUGAAACAAAUGAUUCUACAAAGUGCAUAGCAAUAGAUGCUAAUUCUAAUGAGGAACAAACUGCUGAAGAUAACGGUCUUCCUAAUGAUCAAGGUGAGGCAAAGGAGAAUGAAGAAUCCACAAACGGUGAGGAAGUGCAUCAGGCAGAAAUAAGUGACACGGGCAAUGAAAUGGAAAAUGUAGCUAGUUCUGUCAUGGUAGAAGAUGAAGAUAAGGAACAAACAGAAGAUGGCAUACAGGAAAUAGCUGAUACUGCAACUGAGCUUCCUGACACAAGUGAAGAUGUUACUGAAGAGGAACAAAAUGAAAAUAAUGAUAAUGAGGGUACAGACACAAGUCAUGAUGCAGGGAAUGAAGUAGAUUCAUGUACUGAUAUGGAAAACUUAACUAGUUCUGUCAUGGUAGAAGACGAAGACAAGGAGCAAACAGAAGAUAGCAUACAGGAAAUAGCUGAAAAUGCAACUGAGCUUCCUGACACAAGUGAAGAUAUUACUAAAGAGGAACAAAAUGAAAAUAAUGAUAAUGAGGGUACAGACACAAGCCAUGAUGUAGGGAAUGAAGUAGAUUCAUGUACUGAUAUGGAAAACUUAACUAGUUCUGUCACGGUAGAAGACGAAGACAAGGAACAAACAGAAGAUAGCAUACAGGAAAUAGCUGAAACUGCAACUGAGCUUCCUGACACAAGUGAAGAUAUUACUGAAGAGGAACAAAAUGAAAAUAAUGAUAAUGAGGGUACAGGCACAAGUCAUGAUGCAGGGAACGAAGGAGAUUCAUGUACUGAUAUGGAAAAUGUAACUAGUUCCAUCAUGGUAGAAGAAGAAGACAAGGAACAAGCAGAAGAUGACAUACAGGAAAUUGCUGAUACUUCAGCUGAUCUUCCUGAGACAAAUGAAGAUAUUACUGAACAGGAACAAAGUGAAAAUAAUGAUGAGGGUGCAGACACCAGUAAUGAUGCAGACAAUGAAUUAGAUCCAUGUAAUGAUAUGGAAAAUGUCCCCAACUCUGUGACUGAAGAAGAAGAACCAGAACUAGUAGAACCUUCAGAUAUUUUGACAACAGAAAAUGAAGAUAUAAGUGCUGAGAAUGCUUCUAUAGCUGUAAGUCCUGAUACACAUGAUUCUAACGAGUGCAUAGUGAUAGAGGAUGAUAAUUCAAAGGAGGAACACACUACUGAAGAAAGCAGUGAAAACAAUGCUCUUUCUAGUCAUCAGGAUGAUGGUAAUCAGGAUGUAUCUGAUUUAAGCAGAGAUGAUGCUAAUCUUGAGGAGGAACAAACUACUGAAGAAAGCAGUGAAAACAAUGGUCUUCCUAGUGAUCCGGAUGAUGGUAAUCAGGAUAUUAACGGAGAUACAGAAAAUUUGAUUAAUGAGAAAGAAGUAGAAUCUGUGAACGAAGAGAUGCAAUUGCAAUCUCAAGAUGUGGCUGUGAAAGAUGAUAUGGCAAAUGUAAUGGAAGCCUUUUCCGAUGAAACUGAAAAGGCUAUUGAAUGUGAUAAUAAUGAUGUAGAACAUACCGAUCCAAGCACUGAAGAACAUUCAGCAAAUGACUCAAGUAAAGAGAUGGCAUCUGCACCUGAGGAUUCCGGUCUUGAAACCCAGGAUGAAUCUUCAGAUGUUAAUGCUGUAUCUGGGGAUAUGACCUCUAAAACAGAAGAUGAACCUGAUAAUGUAGCUGAGAAUAACUUGCUUGAUGAUGAAGAAGGAACAGAUAAUAAGGAUAAUUCUUCAAAUGCAGAUCAGUUAGGUCAGGAGGAAAGCUUAACUUCAGAUGUAAAUGAAAAUGAACAUAACCAAGAUGAUAUAGUAAAUGAAAGUGCUUCUGAAAAUAAUGAAGAAGAUACACCUGCUGAAAUGUGUUCAAGUGAACAGGAUAGUGUUAAUAAUAUUGCUUCUUUAGAUCAAGAUAAUGAGAAUACUAUAGAACAGUCAACAGAAACAAAGGAGGAAUCAAGUAGUGUUAAUGAGGAGGCUGCUGAAACAGGUGAUGUAGUUAGUACUGAUAUUAAUAAUGUUGCUGGAGCUGAAAAACUAGAAGAAGAGAUAGAUGCAGAAAGCACAAUAGAAAAUGUAUCUAUUAAUAACCUUCAUGAGACAGAUGCAAAUUCAAAUGAAGAAAAUGGAGAGACAGAAGAAAAUGCAGACUCCAAAGAGGAAGAUGUAAGUCAAAUUGUGGAUGAAGAGGAAAUCAAGAAUACUGGAGCACUCGAACCUGAAACAUCUCAAAGUGAAAGAGCAGACAAUGAUAAACCUGAGAUAGAGCAAGAAGCUACACCAGUCACUGAAUUUUCAGAAAGUUCAGAAAAUAUUGAAGAGUCAAAGGAAGAAGAAGGAGAAGUAAAUGAAACUGACCAAGACAUUAGUCCUAAUGAUGCAGAAAAUACACUUCCAAAUGACAAAACGGAAGAAAUCCUAAAUGUGUCAGAACUUGGAACUGUAAAUAGCAUACCAGAUAAUGAAAUUUCUCAGACAGAAAAUGAGGAUCCAAUAUAACAAACAGCAUCAGAUAAAAAAGAAAUUUCAAGAGUUCUUCAAUUUCUGAAAGAAUGUGAAGAAGAAGAUAUACUUUAUAUUUAUAUCACUUUGUUAAAGAAGCAGAUAUAUAUUAUUAUUAUCAUCAUCCGUAUUUAAGCAAAAUUCUGUGUGCAAGCCUUGCAUUAGUCAUUUGAAAGAAAUUCCACUAUAUAAAGGCCAUGAUUUCAAAAGAAUGUUACAAAUUUGUGAGAUCAAGAAACAAAGGGAAACCAAAACAAAAUGAUUAAUUUGACCCAAAAUUUAAUUUAAUUUUUUAUUGCAGUGUGUUUUCUAUCAGCUCUUUGGUUCUGGUGUGUUUAGCCAUCUUUCAAUUGUUGUACUAAUAAAAACCCAACUGGUCUAAUGAAUUCAAUAGAGCCUUAGAUGAUAAACAUUCAGUAACUGUCCUCAAAAGCUUCACCAGAAAAAAACAAAAAUAAUUUCAAAUAAAAAACCAUCAAAAUUCCUAGAAAUGGUGCAGAAUUUUCCGAAGUGAAUGUUAUGGGUAAAUGCUUGAAGGACACUUUCAUGUCCUGUUACUGGCACUUUAAGCAAUUUAUUCAAAAAUAAAUCAAGGAACAUUAAUAUAUAUGUUUGUUAUAUUUUUAUAUAGUUAGGAUUAUGAUCAUAUAAUAUUUUUUUCGGAAGUGGCCCAUGGGCUGAAAGCCUUUCAGUAAAAAUGUCAUUUCAGGCAUUUUUGUACUCGAGAAAAUUGACUGAAACACAUUGUUUUUACCUUAAAUUUCAGGAAAAUCAAACUUUGCAAUUUAACAUCAUUACCUCAAACCAUAGAUUCUGAUAAACGCUAAUUUAGACUAAAAUGGUUGUCCUUAACCAUUAUGUGCCUGUGCUUAUAGAAGUACGGUACUGACAUAGAGAUAUGCCAGUGCUGUAGAUUCUAUGUUCUAUUUUUUUUUUUUUGCAGGGGAUCAUGUAUUCCUCAACAGGACAUGGUAGAAGUGCCUAAAAAAGGACCAAUACAGAAGCACACUGAAGUGAUGAAAACAAUCUUAUAUUGUGCUUCAAACCAGCUCUUUAUGAAGCUUAAAAAUCAAGUGUAACAAACAACUUGAAAUAAGUGCAUUAAGUUGAGGGCCACCCACCUAUAAGAUCACAUGAUCCAAGUGGACCACAACUUCCAGAAAUCAUCAUUCAGUCCUUUUAGUGAAUUUCCUCAACUGAUGCAGUCAAAAAUAGUCUGUUUUAUAGCCUGUGGCACAAUAAAGCAUUUUUUUUUACCGCUUCUGUUUGCUGCUGUAUUGGAUGUUUUCCCUGCCAGUGGGAUUUCAGCCUGCAUCUGACACUAGACUAAAUGAGUGGUUUGCUGUGUAGAUCUUUCCCUAUUGUGAUAUGAAACAGGUACAGAAUGUACCCAUUUAUUUCACGCUUCCCCUAAGCCAUUCUAAUGUUGCGCCAAAUCGGCAAUUCUUUGCACUCGUUGACUAAGGCUUUUUUUGUUGUUGUUUUAAAUUUAAAACGUUAUUACUUUUGAAUAAACUAUGUUUUAAACCA